AUGGUCGCCAGCAAGAAGCGCGUUUUGGACGAUGCGCCGGGUAACCCAAGAUCUAAAAAGACAAGGACGGAGAGCACGGACAAGAAAGGGAAGAGUAAGGCAGACGUCUCUCUUCCAGCUAUUCCAGAAGAGGUUGAUUUCCCUCGCGGCGGUGGAACGAGUUUUACCCCACUGGAGGUGAAGGCUAUUCGUGCCGAAGCCGUCAAAGAAGCUGAUAAGGAGCUAUUUGAAGACAAACCCACGAAGCGAAAGAGGCGUAAAUCGGAUAUCGACAAGGCAGAGCACAGGGCAUCGAAGGAUGAGAAAAGCGAGAAAAUCCGUGUGGAACACCUCAAUUAUAAACGAGUGACUGUAGGGAUGAAGAUUCUUGGCCAAGUAGUGUCGGUGGAGUCGCUUGCCCUAAUCAUAUCUCUACCAAACCAGCUCUUUGCGCAUGUUCCCAUCACCGAGAUAUCAACGCAGCUGACAGCACUGCUGGAGGAAAUGGGAGAAGUCGAUGAUGCCUCCUCGUCAGACGAAGAAGAAGGAUCUGGUACCGGUGCCUCAUCUAGCAUUCCAGAGCUGUUCCAGAUGUUUCGCCCAGGGUCUUAUGUACGGGCCAUUGUUUCUGCUAUUCAUCUUCCAGGAGCUACAGAUACCACACCAUUAGGGCGUAUUCGUGACGAAGCUCACAAAGCUAGUCGGAGGAUCGAACUCAGCCUGGUUCCCGAGAAAGUGAAUGCAGGAGUAUCAAAAGCCGACCUUCGAGCUGGUUUUACCAUGUCGGCAGCUGUGAAGAGCAAAGAAGAUCAUGGGUAUAUUCUUGACCUUGGUGUCUCUGAUAUCAAUGGCUUCCUGUCGUUUAAAGAUGCCAAGCAAGGGCCGUUUGAAAAUCCAGAGAGGAUACGCGUGGGCCAUCUGCUUGAUAUAUCCAUAUCCAAGACGACUGCAAAUGGCAGAACAUGUACAUGCUCGGUAAACGCAUCGUCGUUAAUGACUGCUUCGCUUUCAGAAGUCACGAAUGCCUCGUCAAUACUACCUGGGACGCAAGUACAGUCCCUUGUGACAGCGGUACUCCCAGAUGGUCUAAAUUUACAAAUCAUGGGCUACUUCGGUGGUACGAUCGACCAGUUUCACCUGCUGCCAGGGCAUCCCGAACGGAAUUACAAAAUGGGACAGAAGCUUAAAGCACGCGUUCUUUAUGCUAUCACUGCAACACCACCCAAAUUUGCUUUGUCUUUGGCCAGCCAUGUUCUCAAACUAGUGCCAAAGGACACUGCGGGAAUGGAUGAUGGUCUAAAUCACAACCUCGAUGAGAUAUAUCCGACUGGCUCUAUCCUGGACGCAGUGAAGGUAAUAAGGGUAGAAUCGGAGCGCGGACUUGUUGUAGAAGUCGCCUCUGGUGUUGAAGGCUUUGUCCACAUCUCGCAUACAUCAGAUGAGCACGUUCCAACGUUGUCAUCUUCUUCCGGCCCCUGGAAAGUGGGCACAGUUCACAGGGCACGUGUUACUGGGCAUUUUCACUUCGACGGGCUCUUGCAGCUCUCGCUUCGCCCGUCAGUUCUAGAGCAGAAAUUCCUGCAGGUCGGGGAAGUUCAGGUUGGCGAAGUCCUCAAGGGAGCAGUAAAGAGGUUGACCGAUUCCGCCAUGUUCGUUUCCAUCUCGGGAUCUGUAGACGGGGUCAUCUGGCCAAAUCACUACGCAGAUAUCCAGCUGAAACAACCACAAAGGCGAUUUAAACCAGGUGGAAGCAUAAAGUGUCGUGUCUUAGUAGUUGAUACGCAACGUCAACGGAUUGUUCUGACAGCCAAAAAGACCUUGCUCGAAUCAGCUUUACCGAUCAUAUCGAAGUUUGAGGACGCCCGAGUUGGCCUUGUUACGCAUGCAGUCGUUUUCAGGGCAUCGGAUAAAAGUUUGCAGGUCGAGUUCUACAAUAAUGUUAAAGCUGUGGUACCUGCAGGGGAAGCCAGUGAAACUGCGGUAGGCCUUUCAACGGCAUUUCCGAUAGGCAAACCGGUGCAAGUGAGGAUCAUGUCCAUCGAUCCUGAAACAUCUCGUAUUGUGGCUAGUAUAAGACAGACUGCUCCUAAUUAUUUGGCAUCCAUUGAAAACAUUGCCAGCAUCGGCAUCGGAGACACCGUCGAAGGUGAUAUUACGGAAGUGCAGAACGAGAAAGCUAUCGUAACUCUUCGACCAAGUCAAGUUCGUACUGUAAUCUCACUUAACAACCUUGCGAAUCGGCGCGGAGUCUCUGUCGCACAACUUCGUGCGUCGUUGCAGGUCGGCGAGAAACUGCAAGACCUCGUCGUUGUUUCACGUAAUCCAGAGAGGGGAUUCGUACGGAUAGCCACAAAACCCAAGGAGAAGAUAACGUUGGCACAGAAGAUACCUUUAGAUCUAGCCACGAUACAGAUAGGCCAAAUUGUCCAGGGUCGCGUCCUUCAUCAUGGUCGUCGUGGUGCGCUUGUCAAGCUCACAAACACAGUGUCUGGUACAUUACAUCCAACUGACGUCGACGACGACUUCGAAUCCGGCAAGGCAUUCCCACCAGCCGACUACAUUCUGAAAGCAGUGGUCAUCGCCGUCGACAAAGAUAGGAGGCAGCUCACACUAUCUACUCGGCCAUCGCGUCUUCAACCCAGACGAGAUGAGCCUGUCAUCGAUCCUGAAAUAGCGAGUAUCGGCGAUCUGAAGGAAGGCGAAACAAUUCGAGGGUUCAUCAAGCAAGUUGCGGAACACGGGAUCUUCGUUACCUUGGGUCGUGAAAUUGACGCACGAGUUCAGAUAAAAGAGCUUUUUGAUGAGUAUGUCAAGGAUUGGAAGAGUCGUUUUGUCGCACAUCAGCUCGUUAGAGGCCGGAUUCUGAGAGUCGAUAUCGCUAAGAAGCAAGUCGAAAUGACAUUCCGCUCUGGGGACCUCAAAACGAACUCCCUCACACUUGCUGAUCUCUCUGAAGGGCAGAAAGUGGAUGGCUGCAUCAAGAGAACGGAGGAGUAUGGUUUGUUUAUCCAGAUUGAAGGCUCAAAGCUCACUGGACUCUGUCAUAAAUCCGAACUUUCCGAUAAUAAGGAUGCCAAUGUGACAUUAGCUCUACGCAGUUUCCGUGAAGGCGAUCAAGUGAAGGCUAUAAUUCUGUCAAUCGACGAAGAAAAACGACGCAUUUCCCUUGGUCUCAAACCCUCCUAUUUUGUAGACGAUGACUUUCAGUCGAAUAAUGAUGUCGAUGAUGAAAACGAGGAAUCAAGUGAGGAAGACAAUCUCCUUGGUAUUGUGGAGGGUUCACAAGGCGACGACGACUCGAGAUCUCACCAGGACAACCAGGACGACAUGGAUGCAGAUGUUAUCGAUGAUUCUAUGAAUAUCGACAUGAGUAUUCAGCUCGAUGCAGAUCAAUCUCCCAGCGACGAUCGGACAGACAAAGAACUUCAUAUCAGCGUGCCCUCCUUGAACCUCCAACAAGGAUUUCAAUGGUCAGUGGCGUCGAAUGUUGAGGUCGAUGACGACAUGCAGCCAUCUUCUGAAGACGAAGACGUAGAGGAUAGUCAGCAGAAGCGCAAACGCAAGCGAAAGGAGAUUGAGCAAGACCUAACUGCCGACAUGCAUACCAAGGUUCCUGAGUCCAACACAGAUUUCGAGAGGGUCCUUCUUGGAUCGCCAAAUUCGUCAUAUCUCUGGAUACAAUACAUGUCCUUCCAAUUGCAGAUCUCUGAAGUGGAUAAGGCUCGAGAGAUUGCGAAGCGCGCGCUGCGUACCAUCAACUUCCGUGAAGAGCAAGAAAAGAUGAAUAUCUGGAUUGCGUUGCUGAACUUGGAAAAUACUUAUGGGACGGAAGAAACGCUAGAGACCACGUUCAGGGAUGCCGCCCGACACAAUGACUCAGAGACGAUUCAUCUACGUCUUGCUUCCAUCCUUGACCAGAGCGGGAAGACCGAUAGAGCAGAAGAGCAAUACCAACGCACUUGUAAGAAAUUUGGCCAGAGUUCAGAUGUGUGGACAUUGUGUGGGGAGCAUUAUCUAAGGCAUGGGAAGCUUGAAGAGGCCAGAAAACUGCUUCCUCGAAGUUUACAAAGUUUGGAAAAGCACGAUCAUCUCAAGACGAUAUCUAAGUUUGCGCAAUUGGAAUACAAACUAGGUGAUCCGGAGAGAGGAAAAACUCUAUUCGAGGGUAUAGUCGAUUCUCACUCGAAACGCUGGGACAUGUGGUCUAUUUACAUAGACAUGGAAGCCGGACAAGGUGAUAUGAUGAGCCUCAGAAAUAUAUUCGACCGAGUUCUGGCCAUCAAAAUGACUAGUCAUAAAGCGAAAUCAUUUUUCAAGAAAUGGCUGGAGUUGGAACGUCGGAUGGGCGAUGAAGAAGGUGCCAGCGCUGUUAAAGCGAAAGCCGUUGAAUGGACACAGCGUGCUAGCGCGUCCUCCUAG